AUGGCGGACAAAGAGUAUAAAUUCCCCGCCUUCGAUGACCUACCAAAGGUGAAAGAUAUGCCCCAGGGCAGUACCUGGGGUUUCUUCGACAAAAACGGCGAGAAAGAUGAAGUAGGCACAAUAAACCUCCUCACCCCCACCGUCGUCCUCGCCGCCUCGCACGAGAUAAAAACCGGCGAGCACAUCCAACUAGAUUGGGAACUCCACAAUGUGCAAUUCCCCGGUUUCAACCGCAAACACAUGGAACAAAAGCAAAUUGACUUUGCCGACUUCUCUGCCUUUUGCGCAAAUGAUGAUGAAUUACACAUCAACACGCAAGCUGGCUCCCAGUGGGAUAGUUUGAAACAUUUUGCUCAUCAGGCAAGCGGUAUGUACUACAAUGGCCUCUCCCACGCUGAAGCAGCGAAGAGCGUGACGAAUGGUACGCACAAGUGGUGUGAGAGAGGCGGUAUUGUUGGGAGGGGGGUCUUGUGUGAUUGGUUGCGGUGGUAUGAGGAGGAGAAGGGGGGGAAAGCGCCGAGUGCGGUGUCGAGGCACGAGAUUCCGAUUGAAGAGAUUGAGGAGACGUUGAGGUGGCAAGGGACAGAGGUUAGGCAGGGGGAUAUUUUGAUGAUCAGGAUGGGAUAUGUGCGAUGGCACAACAACGCGAACGAAGCAGAACGUAAAUCAGGAACCCGCGACAACUCCGUAGCCAUCGGUCUUCAAGCCAGCGAGAAAACAGUCCGCUGGCUCUACGACCGCCAUUUCGCGGCGCUGGUAGGCGAUAACGUCGCCUUUGAAGCCUGGCCACCGAAAUUCACUGACGGUUGGUGUCUGCACGAGUGGCUACUUGUUCACUGGGGCACCGCUAUUGGCGAGAUGUGGGACCUUGAGAAGCUUAGUGAGAGGUGCAAGGAUAUGGGUCGGUAUACCUUCUUCCUGACGAGUGCGCCAUUGCAUGUGAGAGGUGGGAUUGGAAGUCCGCCGGGGGCUAUUGCUAUUUUCUAG